UUUUUGUAGCUGGCUUGACGCUGGUGAGUAUUUUAUUUAACACUCCGGCACAGUCCCGUCUGUCACAAUUCCUCUGGACUUUACUUUGAGCAGGAUCAAAUCUCGUUGGCAUUAUCGCAGAAUGGAUAUGAAGCUGUUGGCAGUCGUAGCUGCGCUCACGGUGGUGAUAUAUGCGCCUCCAACACAAGCAAAGCCCAUCAGUCUGGUGGAGAGAUGCUACUGUCGUUCAACAGUCAACAACCUCCCACGAGGCUACAUUCGAGAGCUCAGGUUCAUCCACACGCCCAACUGCCCCUUCCAAGUGAUUGCCAAGCUGAAGACAAACAAAGAAGUGUGUGUGAACCCAGAGAUCCGGUGGCUGCAGCAGUACCUGAAGAACGCCAUCAACAAGAUGAAGAAAUCCAAGCAGGAUAACUAAAAACUCCGGCAGAGAUCCUCCUAAGCCAUCACUGAGGGUUUGAACCAUCACAGCUAUGUAACAUGUGAUAUGAGAUCAUCUGGUAUGUUAAACAGCACUUAUCACGGCUGCCACGCUGCGGCCUUUUGCAUGGAAUGAACCUACAACGCUUCAUCAUGAACACCAUCCACCAGCCUUGUCGCAGUCUUCACCAUCACCCCUCUCACCACUUAUAGAGAUUGUAGAUGUUAUUAGUGCAAAGUGCAAUUAUAUCUGUGUGUGUAUGUCUUUCUAACUAUAAUGUUUAUACUUUUUUUGUUAAUGGACAUCAACAGUAAAGAGCUAUUUUUUUGGAGAUUUCCCGUCCUUCUGGCCUCUCUGUCAUUUAGGAAAAAGGAUCGACCACGGGGUCAAAGUGUUUAAAGGGGGGAGAUGUAGGUCAGUGGGAGAAUUUUCUCCACAACAAACACAAGUUACCAUCCCACUUGCAAGUAGCAGAGUCUUUUCAUCUGCUAAAUAAGCAGAAUACAGAUUGAUUAACCUUAAUCCGAAACAUGGGAUCUGCUUAUCCUAAUCAUCUCUGAUUUUAAAUUGUACAAAAUGAACAACAGUGUAUAGUUUCUCUUCUAAAAAACAAGCAGAGUCGUAUUUCAUGUUUCAAGUUAAUUAGCACCGUGGAAUUUCAAUGGGUGCCAGCUACCCCCAGACUGAAUAUAAGAUCCUAGUAAAAAUGGCUAUUACAAUGUUUUUGUGAUGGAAAUUAGGAUGCCAGAAGAGCUUGAGCAUUUCCUGAGCAGUUCUGUGGCUGUGAUUAUGCGACCCUGUGUUACCCAAUGUGCCUGCUUUUUUUCAUUCUUAGAGAAAAGCUGAACAUCUGGAUCCAAAACCAUUUUAAUUGAGCGACCAAUAAGUCAAAAUUGACUGGAAUUGUAAAGCUGUAUCGCUUAACGAGAGAUGUUAAGAACAAAUGGUGACACUCACAAAUCACAGUUCGCUGUCAAAAAGACUGAAAUAAACUCUUAGUAUAAAUGUACACAAGGGUGUACUGCAAUUUGAAUAACAGUAUCCACAUCAGUAGUUAAAACACUUUGUUAUACUGGGAGCCACAGUAGAGAAAGUAGUUGUACUAUAACUGACAAUAAGUACAUGUACAUAGAUUGUCAUGCAGAUAGCAAUGCACUUUAUAUCUGAUGUAUUCAUGUUUUAACAACAUUUACUAUUACUCACUAAGUCUGAUCAUUAAAUUGUCUUUUGUAUUUUUAUGUUAAUCAUGCUGUUGCCAUUCUGUUCUUUUUGAUCAUUGAAUGUGUAGCUGCAUUUAACUUUUAAAGCCUGGGUGAUUCAUCUAUUAUACAAAUGUUUAUUUUUGUACUCUUUUAUGCAUUUAUAUAUUAAAUCUAAACAUUUAAAUGAAGGAACUGUACUCUCACAAUUGAGUCAACCAGCCAACAUUUUACUGUAGAACUUGUAUACAGUUGGUCAUUAAAGAAAGGAAAUCUUUAAAAUGUUAUGAUUACUAUUUUAAUAUAUACUUUCCUAUACAUGUUACAAGCAUUUUCCUCAUUAAUAUACACACUUAUACCUACUAAUGCACACACACAGUUAAGUGACUCUUUACAUCUUUAUAGUCAGUGUAAAGCCAGCUUUUCCAGAGCCAACACGCAGCUGCUGUAAUCUUACUGUACUUGCGGGUCAGAGGGUAAAUCUAUAGACUUUGAUGUGUGAACAUGUGUUUAGCUUUACUCACAAGGGCAAAUUAAAGGCAAGGACAAUGA